UCCUCUGUCACCAUCCUGGUACUGCCUCUCUGCCUUUCCAUCUCUGCUGCUCCACCCUGGACUAACCAUCCUCUGGAAUCACUGAAAACAGGAGAGUCACAUCUGUCUUGUUGGAUUGUUGCAAGGGACUGUUGGCAAACAAAGAAAAUCAACUGGGAAAAUGAAGACUUGCUGGAAAAUUCCAGUUUUCUUCUUUGUGUGCAGUUUCCUGGAACCCUGGGCAUCUGCAGCUGUCAAGCGUCGCCCCAGAUUCCCUGCCAAUUCCAAUUCUAAUGGUGAAAAUGAACUCUGUCCUAAGAUCAGGAUUGGCCAAGAUGACUUACCAGGGUUUGAUCUGAUCUCUCAGUUCCAGGUAGAUAAAGCAGCAUCUAGAAGAGCUAUCCAGAGAGUAGUGGGAUCAGCUACAUUGCAGGUGGCUUACAAGUUGGGAAAUAAUGUAGACUUCAGGAUUCCAACUAGGAAUUUAUAUCCCAGUGGACUGCCUGAAGAAUACUCCUUCUUGACGACGUUUCGAAUGACUGGAAGCACACUCAAAAAGAACUGGAACAUUUGGCAGAUUCAGGAUUCCUCUGGGAAGGAACAAGUUGGCAUAAAGAUUAAUGGCCAAACACAAUCUGUUGCAUUUUCAUACAAGGGACUGGAUGGAAGUCUCCAAACAGCAGCUUUUUCGAAUUUGCCCUCCUUGUUUGAUUCCCAGUGGCAUAAGAUCAUGAUUGGCGUGGAGAGGAGUAGUGCUACUCUUUUUGUUGACUGCAACAGGAUUGAAUCUUUACCUAUAAAGCCAAGAGGCCCAAUUGACACCGAUGGCUUUGCCGUGCUGGGAAAACUUGCAGAUAAUCCUCAAGUUUCUGUUCCAUUUGAACUUCAAUGGAUGCUGAUCCAUUGUGACCCCCUGCGGCCCAGGAGAGAAACUUGCCAUGAGCUGCCAGCCAGAAUAACGCCCAGCCAGACCACCGACGAGAGAGGUCCCCCGGGCGAGCAGGGUCCUCCAGGGCCUCCGGGCCCCCCUGGAGUUCCGGGCAUAGACGGCAUCGACGGUGACCGAGGUCCUAAGGGCCCCCCAGGCCCCCCGGGUCCUGCAGGUGAAGCGGGAAAGCCAGGAGCUCCAGGCAAGCCUGGCACACCUGGCGCUGAUGGAUUAACAGGACCUGAUGGAUCCCCUGGCUCUGUUGGGCCAAAGGGACAAAAAGGAGAACCUGGUGUGCCUGGAUCUCGUGGAUUUCCAGUUUCCUAUAAAACGCUACAAAUGAAUAAAAUCUGUAAACUCUCCUGUUGUGAUGCACCUCUUUAUGAGUUACGGGCCAGUGGUAUUCCUGGACCCCCUGGUCCUCCUGGGACAGCAGGACUCCCUGGAGAGCUUGGCCGUGUGGGACCUGUUGGUGACCCUGGGAGAAGAGGACGACCCGGCCCCCCUGGCCCCCCAGGACCCAGUGGAACAAUUGGCUUUCAUGAUGGAGAUCCAUUGUGUCCCAAUGCCUGUCCACCAGGUCGCUCAGGAUAUCCAGGCCUACCAGGCAUGAGGGGUCAUAAAGGAGCUAAAGGAGAAAUUGGUGAACCAGGAAGACAAGGACACAAGGGUGAAGAAGGUGACCAGGGAGAACUGGGAGAAGUUGGAGCUCAAGGACCUCCAGGAGCCCAGGGUUUGCGAGGCACCACUGGCAUAGUUGGAGACAAAGGGGAAAAAGGUGCUCGGGGCUUAGAUGGCGAACCUGGGCCUCAGGGUCUUCCUGGUGCACCUGGUGAUCAAGGACAGCGAGGACCUCCAGGAGAAGCGGGUCCCAAAGGAGAAAGAGGGGCUCAAGGUGCUAGAGGAAUUCCUGGUCUUCCUGGGCCCAAAGGAGACACGGGUUUGCCAGGUGUGGAUGGCCGUGAUGGGAUCCCUGGAAUGCCUGGAACAAAGGGUGAACCAGGAAAACCUGGGCCUCCUGGUGAUGCAGGAUUGCAGGGGUUACCAGGUGUACCUGGAAUUCCUGGUGCAAAAGGUGUUGCUGGUGAAAAGGGUAGUACAGGUGCUCCAGGGAAGCCUGGUCCGAUGGGAAAUUCAGGCAAACCGGGCCAACAGGGGCCUCCAGGAGAGGUGGGACCCAGAGGACCCCGGGGGCUUCCUGGCAGUAGAGGAGAAUUAGGACCAGUGGGAUCCCCAGGCCUACCAGGUAAACUGGGUUCUCUGGGUAGCCCCGGCCUCCCUGGCUUGCCUGGGCCCCCUGGACUUCCUGGAAUGAAAGGUGACAGGGGUGUAGUCGGUGAACCGGGUCCAAAGGGUGAACAGGGUGCCUCUGGUGAAGAAGGUGAAACAGGAGAAAGGGGGGAACUUGGAGAUAUAGGAUUACCUGGCCCAAAGGGAUCUGCAGGUAAUCCUGGAGAGCCUGGCUUGAGAGGGCCUGAGGGAAGUCGGGGGCUUCCUGGAGUGGAAGGACCAAGAGGACCACCUGGACCCCGGGGCGUGCAGGGAGAACAGGGUGCCACCGGCCUGCCUGGUGUCCAGGGCCCUCCGGGUAGAGCACCGACAGAUCAGCACAUUAAGCAGGUUUGCAUGAGAGUCAUACAAGAGCAUUUUGCUGAGAUGGCUGCUAGUCUUAAGCGUCCAGACUCGGGUGCCUCUGGGCUCCCUGGAAGGCCUGGCCCUCCUGGUCCCCCUGGCCCUCCUGGAGAGAAUGGUUUCCCAGGCCAGAUGGGAAUGCGUGGCCUUCCAGGCGUUAAAGGGCCCCCUGGUGCCCUUGGUUUGAGGGGACCUAAAGGUGACUUGGGAGAAAAGGGGGAGCGUGGCCCUCCAGGAAGAGGUCCCAAAGGUUUGCCUGGAGCUGUAGGUCUCCCAGGUGACCCAGGCCCUGCCAGCUAUGGGAGAAAUGGCCGAGACGGUGAACGAGGCCCCCCCGGGGUGGCAGGAAUUCCUGGCGUGCCUGGACCCCCGGGACCUCCUGGGCUUCCCGGUUUCUGUGAGCCAGCCUCCUGCACCAUGCAGGCUGGUCAGCGAGCAUUUAGCAAAGGGCCUGACCCGUGAAAGGCUUAGUGCUGCAUGACUCUCUGCAUGAACCACGCCUGGAGAAGGAGCUUGGGGGAGAAACACCACCCAAAGCUGGGGCAAAGAUGAUUACUGUCAGCAUGAUUAAAAUAUAUUACCUUCAGCAUGAUUACGGAAGUCCUACUUGACAAUCACAUUUAGAAGAAUGGUGCUAUUCAGUAAGUUCUCUUUCCUUUCCCUUGGAGGAAAGACAGCAGAGUCAUCAGUUAAAAAAAAAAAAAAAAAAAAAAAGAAAACCAAACACGUCCCUUGAAUAAAUUUAUACUCCUGUUCCCAGGAUCUUGAGCUUUAGUGUGCUAUACCUAUGUGUCUUAUCGCGGGCCACUGUGCCAAUAAACAAAAACAACUGUUUGGUUUACCUCAGUUGCAGUAAUUAUUUUCAUUUAGAUGUUGUUCUCAGAUUACUGUUUCAGUUAGAUAGAGGAUUACUAGACUAGUUAUGAAAAAAACCCCACUACAUUCAAUAGAAUUGGUGCUUAAAAUCCCAUCGAUGUGCUGUCUCUGGAGUAAGAAAGGGCUACAUCGCCCAAAAUGAUUUCCUUAUGUCACGUAUUGGUUUUCUUCUCCAGCCUGAAUUUUGUUGAACUGUAUGUACUGUACCCCAAACCUGUUAGUAUUUUGACUGCUUCUAUGUGAAAGCAAAGAAAUAAUUUUAAUACUCUGGCAUUCAUAAAUUUUAUUGAUGAGAUUAUUUAUUUUAAAGGUUUGAGGUAACAUCUCUGGUUGUACCAAAGAAGAAAUAAAUAUGGUUUCUUAA